CACAAAGUUCCUUCCUUCCUGAGAGCGGGCUUGGACACAUCAUAACGCCUCUGGGGGAGAAGACAUUUGCAGUGAUCUUGCUCAAAGAGAGAGAGAGAGAGAGAGAGAGAGACGGAGGGCUUCAGCGCACAGCUUGGUGCCGGGCGGGUGGCCUUCCGCUUCUCUUCUGACUGGGGGCAGGCAAGUGCUCUCCAGCGCGCGCUCUUCCCCGAAAGAGCGGAGUCGGUGGACGCCAAGCAGAGGCCAUGUCAGAGCCCUGAGCGAAGCCAUGGCGGCAGCAGCGGCAGCUACGCAGGAGCGCUGGGGGAGGCGGCUGCUGCUGCUGGGGUGCUGCCUCGUCUCCCUUCUGCUCCCAGCAGCAGGGGCCUCAUCCUGCAGCAACCUGGCUGUGGAGCAACCCGUCGUCCUCUUGGGAGCAACAGCCACCGCUUCUUGCACCAUCUGGAGAAACCGCUGCCCCAUUCCAGGGGAUGGAGACAUCCAGAUGGUGUGGAAGCUGGAUGAGGAGUCUCUCCAGGGGACCCAGUUCAGCCCUGGCCCUGGCGUGGAAGUCUCCAACAUCACCGUUGGCCCGCUCCACAGGAACGUGACCACUCUGAGCUGCUGCAUCAAGAGCAAAGGGAGCCUGCAGAUCAUGAACCUGACGCGUCUCCAUGCCGGCUAUCCUCCUUCACAACCCCAGAACAUCAGCUGCAUCAUGAACGCCACCACCAUGAAUCUGACGUGCCAGUGGGCCCUUGACCAGGAUAGCCUCCUGACAGGCAGCAGAAUUACCCUGAAAGGCUUCAGGAGCCGGCGGGAUUGUGACGUCCGCCUGGAGGCCAUCGCAGAUUGCAUCCCACCAGCGGGCCAGAACUCCUGCACGUUUCCUCGCCAAAGCCUUCACCUCUACCAAAAUAUGAUCUUCCAGGUGACGGUGGAGAACGCGCUGGGGGCUGUGGAGUCAGAGCCCCUGUGCACAGACCCGAUGGAUGUAGUCAAGCUGGACCCCCCGGCCCUGUGGGAAGUCCAGUCCGUCCCGGAGGAGACCGACUGCGUGUCUGUGGAGUGGGAGGCGGCGACAGGCAGCGUCCACAUGGAGCUGGCGUGUGAGCUGCGCUACCGGCCAGAGGGAGAGCAGGGAUGGCAGCUGGUCCACAACAUCACCAGCUCCAGCCCGAAGGCCCCGCACUGCGGUUUGUUCUUUGGCACUCGCUACCAGUUGCAGAUGCGUUGCCAGAGGCUCCCAGCCAGCUACUGGAGCGAAUGGAGCCCCACAAAGCACUUCACCACCCACGAGAAAGCGCCCUCAGGAGAGCUGGAUGCCUGGUGGAGGCGGAAGCCCCCUGCAGGGCCUGCGUCGAGAGCCCAGGAGGUGCAGCUGCUCUGGAAGCCUAUGAAGCCCAACGAGGCCAACGGCAAAAUCCUGGGCUACUGGGCCACACUUAGCACCAGGACGCCCGGCCAAAAGCGGCCAGCCACUCUCUGCAACACCACGGAGACGCACUGCACUUUCUCCCUGACACCGGGAGCCCUGAUGAGGAUCCAUCUUGUGGCCUACAAUAGCAGAGGCCCCUCACAGCCCACCCUGGUCUCUUUGUUUGAGAAGCAAGGUCCGCCUGUGCCCAAGAUCCGCGUCUCCCCUCACGAUCGGAGCAGCUUCUGGGUGAGCUGGGACCCCCCGGGGGCACCAGCCACCGGCUACGUCAUUGAGUGGCACCGGGUGACCUCAGGGGACCCCCUGGGCGAUCGUGACCUUGGCUGGACCAAGCUGCCGGGCGGAGACCUCACGCAAGCCUUGAUCCAAGCAGAAAACAUCUGGCCGUACCAGCCGUACAACAUCUCCCUCUAUCCCCUCUAUAAGGACGGAGUGGGAAUGCCCCAGCAUGUGGCAGCUUACACCCUGCAGAAAGCUCCUUCUGAAACCCCCAAACUUCAGGCCUGGAGCAUCACUAAGACGACAGCAGAGCUGCACUGGGAGCCCAUCCUCGUCGAAAGGCAGAAUGGCUUCAUCACCAACUACACCAUCUUCUGGAUCGGGACCGAUGAGGACAUGAACAGCGCCGUUGUGAACGCCUCUGAGGACACCUUCACCAUCACCGGCCUGUGGCCCGCCAGGAGAUACGAGGUGCACAUGAUGGCCUCGACGGCAGGCGGGCAGACCAACGGCACCACCCUGAUGCUCUACACCAAGGCCAUGGAUGGCACAGAUAUACCCUUUGUGUACGGGCUCACUGGGCUGCUCUUGCUCAUGAUUAUUGUCCUGGUCAUCUGCUUCCAAAAGAGCAAAAGGAUGAAGACGCAGUUCUGGCCCAGCGUGCCCGACCCCGCCAACAGCAGCCUGGGCCGGUGGGCGCCUGCCGUCCUGCACCAGGAGAACCUGCCGCCUCCCAAGGCCUGCGAGCUCAGCCCGGUCGUCGUUUCCGCCCUCUUAGUGGCCGAGGCCGAUGGGAAGACGCGUCUCUGCUGGGGGCAAGGCGAGCCCGCCCAGGAGGGCUGCCCAGGCUCCCCCGAGCGCGACGCCCACGACGCGGAGGCCCCGCGGCCCAGCAGAGGCCCCCCCGCGGCGGCCCGGCGGGCCUCCUACAUGAACAGCGCGGAGGCGCUCCAGUAUGGGCUGCUCCUCGGCGGCGGCGGCGGCGGCGGCAGCUACUGCAGCCAGCGGGACGCCUCGCCCUGCCUGGUCUCGGUGCGCCCCGGCUCCACGCGGCCGCUCCUGGGCAGCAGCCUGGCGGCGCUGAGCCCGGUGCUCCUGCCGCCCUACGAGAACCUCCUGUGGCCGCUUCCUCCCAGCCCGCAGCCGGAGGGAGGACCCGCCCGCCGCCGCCGCCACGUGCAGGAGGAGGAGGGGGCGGCGGCGGCGGCCCUGACGGAUUUCCCCUUGCUGCGGGGGGUCAUGCUGGACGGGGACGAGGACCUGAGCCACCUCCGGGGCCUGUAGGAGCGCGCCCUCCGCCCUGUGUGUGGAGCAGGAGGGCCCUGCCAGGGCGGCCGAGGCUGCGCUCCGUGCUCCCAGAGGCCCCCAAGAGCCAGACGGGCGCCCGGAUCGCCAGAAGCAGCCGGGACACUCGCGCCACUC